CCAGUCGAACGGUUUUAUCCCCGCCCGAUCAUGACCUUCCCGGCGGAAUCGUCUCCGAUAUCUCGGCUGCUUCCCCUCCCUCUCCUCAGGUGAAUCAAUCAAUCGCAACCGUUAGAAGCGGAACCCCAUCCGAACCCCCCUUGCCAGCCAUAACCAAUUUGCAUCUUGCCCAGAUGAUCCAUACGGCCACUACUAAGCAGUCCGAAUGGAUGAGUAACCUGAUCCAACUGCAGGCGGCUCAUAUGGAGCGGAUGGAACAGAUAAUGAGCAGGCUCAUUAAGCCUAACCCAGCUCCUGCUCGGCCUGCCCCUGCAUCGUUUCCACUCUUACCUGCCCCAGCUGCUCCAGGGUCCUCGCCUCAGUUCCCUCAUCUAGCUAAUCCAGCAGGGAAGAUCGAAUGCUUUAACUGCAAGCAGCCCGGGCAUUUCGCCCGGGAAUGUCCGCAGCCGAAACGUAAUCAGCCUCCCCCUACGGCGGCCACCGUCGCCCUUAAUCAGGGACGAGUGGGCGCUCUGAUGGAUACGGAUCAAGGAAGGGAACUUGUGGCAUAUGCCACAGAACAACCCUCCCCUUCGAUGGCAACGACAUCGACAUCGGGAGCUUCUUCCCCCGACGCUGCUGAAGUGGUCGAUCCUCUCGAGUAUCUCCAUCUCGCAGGCAUGAUCGGAGCGAUCCGAUCAGUCCCAGAUGAUCUCGAGUGGGUCGAUCGCGAAUCCAAUCCAGGACCGCAGUUUCGGACAGGAGAUAUUGACGUACUGAGAACACUCAAGCAGUUAGACAUUCGCGUGCCCGUCCCAGUGGGACAUAUGCUCACCAUAUCUGAAGUGGCGAACGAUAAGCUUCUACAACAAUGCCAAAAAAAUAAAAAACGUUUCACUUAUCAACGCAUACAACGGAUGUUGAAGAAGAAAGAAGAAAGCGAGGAAGUCGUACCCCCUGUGCGUGACACGAAAAAGCCGGAACCUGAAGCCGCACGUAUAGCAGCGAUCUCUUUAGCAGAAAAAGAUCACUUCGUACAAGCUCGGCCGGUGCUAUGGAAAAGUGCGGAAUGUGACUGUGAAGUAUGGGGCAAACCGUUUGAUGCCCUUAUUGACGCAUGGUCUUCUGCCUUGGCCAUAUCAUUGGAUAGUGUCAAAAAGACGGGACGACUGGGAUCCAUUCUUCCUCAAUUUGGCAAAGACAAUUAUGUCUCUGCCGACGAGGAAGCAAUGAACAUCGUAGGCAUUAUCGAGAAUGUGGCCGUAAAAGUUGGACGAGUACACGUCCUUGUUAACGCGCUCGUAAUAGAUGUACGAUCCGAUUCUGUGUUGUUGGGAUUACCUUGGGCGAUGGCGGUGGGCACACGUCUGCAUUUCGAUUCGAAACAAUUGGUGCUCACACAAAUUGGGGGAAAGCCUCAGGCUGUUCCUCUGCGGGUUUUCACCCGAACGAUAAAACGGGUUCCUAACUCUCCCCAAAUAGGGAUGAUCCGAUACAUUGAUCCCGAURMAUGCUCUCCCUCGCGCCUCGGGGAUGAAAUCAGGGAACAAGAACAUGAAGAAGAGAUGCCUAGCGAAGAAGAAUGRAAGCAUMUGGUUGAACUUUUCGAACAUGAAAUCCCCGAAGAGUUUCAAGUGUGCCCCRACACCACCCGAAGCUUCCACGUAGAUUYCCAGGASAAUGCAUUCACGCCUCUAACAACCCAGGUCAGUCCUUCAGUCCUCCUCGGAGAACCCAUAUUGCAAGUUUUCGACCUGGUUGAUGAUUUGGAACCCCCUCGCACAUUGUACGAGGGAGCUCUUUCCUUACGAACGCGUUAUCAACAAACGGAAAAGUAUCUGGAUGUCUCUGUUUUUCCGCCACGAUCGUUACUAACGACAGGAGCUACCAUCGCCUUGAUUAAACAAGAGGCGGAAACACCGGUAAGUGACGUGCCUAAUCUGAUGCAAGAAAUGACGGAUCUAACAGGGCUAGCUGUGGAACCAACUUCGGUUGGCUCAGAGACCGACGUUGAAACUAAAGAAACGGAGAUGAUCAGCCCCGCUGAGUCCCAGAUGAUAGCAACUGUCUUUUCAGUUCGCACCAGUAGUUCUGUUUUCUCUAGUGUCGGUGACCGGCGGAAACAGCCGAUUGAUUGGGUCGAUAUGGCCCUCAAGAUUUCCGGGGAAUCAACAAUCCCCCUCCCGAGUCAUGUUCCUACGGAACUCCGGAAGUUAUUAAUCCGUGUGUUAAAUGGUUACGCAGAAGUACUGAGCGUGCACGAUAAUGAUAUCGGCUUAACUAAUGUGAUUGAGCAUGCCAUCCUCACAGGAGAUCAUCCGCCCAUUAGCUGCGCUCCCUAUCGAUACUCGCGAGCUCAAAGAGCGGCCGCUUUUCAGAGGAUUAAGGAGUUUGAAGCUAAUGGAUGGAUCGAACCUGCCAUAGGUCCGUGGUCUUUUCCCGUAGUAAUUGUACAUAAAAAGGUCGGACGGAUUCGCAUUUGCAUUGAUUAUCGAAAAUUGAAUGAUAUCACGAUUAAAUAUGUGUAUCCCCUCCCUCGGAUUGAUGAGUUAUUGGAUGCGAUUGGGGGUGCUCAAUUUUUCACCAAGUUUGAUGUUCGUCAUGGGUUCCAUCAUCUUCUUGUCCGGGAGGGAGAUCGACCGAAAACAGCGUUUGUGCUUUUCGAAGGUACGUGGCAAUGGAUUCAAUGUUCGAUGGGUAUCUGCAACGCCCCUACGACUUUUCAGUGGGCCAUGAACAUGGCUUUUCAGAAUUUCGUACGGAAGACUCGUCUAGCGCAAAGCAUCAUCAACUACUGCGUGAUUGUGUACAUGGAUGACAUCCUAGUGUAUUCGAGCUCCUACGAGGGACACGUGCAACACAUCGAAUGGGCACUACAUGCGUUACGAGAUGCAGGUUUCAAGGUGGCGCUUGAGAAGUGUCAGUUUUUCCUCACCACCAUUUCUUUCCUGGGGCACGUGGUGACAGACAAGGGACUCCAACCGGAGCCGCAGAAGGUGGCAGCUGUCAGGGACGCGCCAGUACCUACCACUGUCACGCAAGUUCGCGCCUUUUUAGGCAUAGCCUCGUAUUACCGAAGAUUUAUCAAGGGCUUCGCGGCGACUGCGGGACCCCUCACAAAUCUCUUGCGAAAGGAUCAGCCGUUGAUCUGGACGCCGGAGUGCGAUCAAGCGUUUUCCAAACUCAAGGCUGCUCUCAUUUCGGCUCCGAUCCUUAUAAGACCAGAUCCCAAAAAGCCUUUUGUUCUCAUCACCGACUGGCAGCCAGAGGCGAUUUCGGCGAUCCUUGCCCAGGUGGGACCAAGCGGACUCGAGAGUGUGGUAGAGUAUGCGUCCAAAUCAGUMCCCGCCUGCAAGGGCAACUACGCCGCUCCGACGGGAGAAUGCUACGCGGCUCUCUGGGGAAUCAGUCACUUCCGUGCUUACCUGUACGGGGGAAAAUUCACCCUGGUGACUGAUCAUGAGCCCCUGUUGGCUCUGAAGAAGUCGAAGGAUUACUCGGGCAUGAUCGGGCGAUGGGCAACGGUGUUGCAGAGCAUGGACUUCGACAUUCGUCAUUGAAAGCACGAGAGACACGGGAAUGCGGACGGACUGACACGACUGCACCGGCCUGAGAAGGUUCCAAAAGGUGAGGAGGUAAUUCCAUGGAACGAACCCGAACAGGAGAUCGGGCCUCGGUAUGGCCAAGUGGAGAUCUUAUCGAAGCAGUAAGUAACAAGAGGACUAAUUUGCCUGCUCUACUCUCUCCACCAUUCAGUCAUGUCUCUCGCCUUCUGUCAUCAUGACUACCCCGCCUGCCUCCUCAACCCCUUCUUCUCCUACUAAUUCUGCCCCUCUCACUUCCUCGGCUUUCUUCGCCACCCUUCCCGAUAAAUUCUGCUAUUUUUG